AAACACUGCAUUUGGAGCUUGAUUUUAUUACAAGUAUGUGUAAAGAAGGGCAUAGGGUUUGGAUAAUAGGCUUAAUUGCUUCUGUAGUUGGACUACUACAGUGUUGACUACAAGGCUGCAUACGUCUAAUUUUGUGUGGAGAGUUGGGUAAAACAACCAAAUAUCAAGAGACCCUUGCAUUAAGAAAUGUUCUGUGGUUCAUGUAAAAGUGGGAGAUUAGAAAGGGCCCUGUUCUGAAUAAAAAAUAGAAUCACACUCUUGGAGGCUACCAGCCCCUUCCAGGUAACAUCUUUAAUCAUUUGUGAUGUAAGAAUAGAAACCACAGCUCAUUAUUUUGGCAGUCCACCAGAUUGUUAAAUAUAGCUUUCAGUGUUGGGCUGCAACCCAACCAACAUGCAAUGCAACCCAACAACAACAGUUCCUGGGAGUAAUCGAAGACAGGGCCUAGUAUUCAGCUUUAGAAGAAAACAACGACCCCACCCAACACAGCAAAUGAGAAGUCAAAUGAAAACAUCCAAAGUAACAGCCAAUUAUACCCUUAUAACCUCUACAUACAGGACUAGUCAUUUCCUCUAGAGAUUAUCUUCUUCCUGAUUUAGCCAGCCAAAUCAGAUGAACCAGCCACUUGGUUUGGGGUUAAAAUAUCAAGAGCACAUACAGAUGUAUAUUAGCAUUUUACUUUGUAAAUCAGAAGCUUUCAAGUGUGGUGUAUUUCCAUCGCUGCUAUUACUCACGUUCAGUCUCCUCAUGCCUUGACACCUACGGUAGUAAGUAGGAUCUUGAGGAAAUCAGGAGUUCGGGUGAGACUUUUUUCCCAGCAAGAAUCUUUUUUAAACUCAAAUCUUGGCACGGAUAGAUAAGCUUGCUCUUAGCACUCCACUAGCUCAUUAACAUUCACGUUGGGUUAUUUCGUCCUGGGAGUUUAUAAAUAAGGUGAGUGGGAAUUACUUCAACUCAGUCACUGCCCCAGGAAGAGGACGGAGGGCAAGAAGAGCUAGAAGGCGGUUAGACUCGGUUAGUGUUGGCGGACGCUAUGUCAUACGGCGGGAGAAGCCUUCCACCAGCUGGAGAGUGGGAGGCUGCUGUUCCGGACGCCGCCCGUGUUAGCUCUGGCAGAGCUGGAGCUCUGACGGUUUCCUGGUUGGUGUCUUCUCCUUAAUACACUUGGGCUGCCGGGUACCACCAGGGUUGCCGCUGUAAGGGAGCUACGCAGGGAGAGGCUACGUAUGGCAGACACCGAUACCUCAACCGAGUUGGAUCUCUCCGAGUUUGCGGAUGAUUUACUACAGGAACUUCAGGUACAUUUUCAGGCUCUGACUGAAACAAUAACUCUCAAAAUGGAAGAAAUGGGGAAUCGGAUUGAUGAUUUACAGAACAAUGUAACUGAUCUCAUGGUAGAAGCAGGAAUCCAAAAUACAAAGAAUAAAUGAGGAGGAAACUGAAGCAAACAGGAUUGACUUGUCCAGUAUGCUAGUAUGCGAGGCCAGAUAUAAAUUCAGCAAGAUAGGUUUUCCUGUCUUCAGGCCCUGUACUCUAUUGUGACAUCUAGCUGCCACUCAUUACAAGUACCAUCCUUCAAAAAUAUAAUUGGGUUAAAGGUAUUAAACAAUGAGUUUGACUUCUUUCAAUAACCUCUGUUCUUUAUCUUAAUGUAACUCUACAUAGCACUCCAACAGAAAACCAGAGUGAGUUCUGUAUACUGCAGUUAUACUUUUGACCAUGUCCAAAGAUCAAUACUAUGUACACUACUUCAAUCAUAAAAGAAACAGUAAACAGAUACAUCAAAAUCUUAAUAAGAGAAACAAGAUAAAACAUAGGGAUAUGAGAAAGAUCAUUAUGACUCAAUGAAUGAACUUUAUAUCUAAAGCCCUAGAAUCCCCCUGAUAUAAAAGCAAAGAUUAUAAGAAAUAUUUUCUUAAUAAAAGUAACUUACUAUAUCAUUUAAUUUACAAGAUCUGAGUUUUACUGAGGAAAAAACAAGGCAAUUUCCUUACCACUAUGAUUUUCAUACUAAAGUAAAGCUGAAAAAAGGCUAGAUUUUAAAAAGUCUCUAUCAGUCUUUAAUACUGACAAAAGAAAUAAUUUAAGUUCCUGAAUGUUUUAAUGGAAUGUUGUAAUUAUAAUUACCCAGCUUAGCCCUAAAAGAUAAUUUUAAAAUCUUCCUCUAUCCUUUGAAAUUGUGUGUGUAUGGGGGUCUAUGGAUGUAGAAUAUGGUACAUAUUGUUCAUCACAGUGGAUGUGUUGGUUGGUUUUGCAAAAUAUCUUUUUU